AGACUGAGCGCUGUGUUUGGAAUCCUGUUCCUGAUUGGGCGCUUUAUGUAUGCUCAAGGGUACUAUACAUUUGAUCCAAGCAAGCGCAACAGAGGAGCCAUCGCUUACAUUGGCUUUUUUGGUUUAUUUUUUAACACUAUCUAUUUCGCUCUGAAUCUGCUUGGUGUUGUCUAAGUUGUUCUGCUGCGCCCAUGGCAGUUACUUUGUUGGUGGAUUGAUUACUGUCAUGGUGUUCAACUUCUUUUUUUCUUUUUUUUUUUGUUGUAUUUGUGGGUUUUUUUACUUAGAGUAUAUUCUUAUGGCAGCUGUCAGACAGUUGUCAUCUAUGCCUAGCUAGAAUAGUUUAUUAUUAAUACAAUUUUUUUCUCUACCUAUGUAUCCUAUAUGCAAAGUGAACAUUAUGUUCUUCUGUUUCUAACAUGAAUCAAAAUUGAUAGUUUAUGCUCACUGUGUCUACAAAACUAUUUUAUGGACCUAAACAGCUAGGAGAAUAAGUAUGAAAUAGUCAUCCUGACCUUGAAAGUGAAUAGUUUCACUCUGUUGUGAAAAGAACUUCUCCAAAGAACAAAUAAUUUUGGGGGAUUUUGUGUUUCGAAGCUAGAAAAGAAAGGAAAAAAGUAUUUGUUUUCUGCAUGUUGCAGUUUUCUUUUGUCUUCUUGUCUCUAAAAUCCUGCAGUACUUUUUGUUUGAAAAGGCUUGAUUUCAUAAUGUGGCCUAGCCUUUCUGUAUCUACUUACAAGGGCUAACGUAUGACUCUUAAUUUUUGAGUGAAAUAUACCUGUUUACAAAAGACCUGUUUUUGCUUUCUUAUGCUGCUGAGCUCUGGAAAAAAAAUUUCUGUAUUUGAAAUUUAAUUAGACUCUUAUUUAAAACUUAAUUCAUGGAAGGGAUUGAACGGAACCAUCAAAUCACAUGUGAAUUCCGUUUGUGUACUGUAUACUCCUUUACUGUAAUUUAGUUAUUAUGUCGUUCAUGCUUGGUAGGUUUCAUAUUUUAACAAAGCAUUUUUGUGUAUUAGGUUGGUGAUCUAAGUAAUAAUUUACCUCUGCCUCGUAUUCAAAAUUUCCCUAUGUGUGGUGUUCUUUAUGCCCGUGUUUUGUUGUCAAAGCGGCUGUGUCAUUUUUGUGACCUUUUGGCACUUGAAUUCUUCGCUAAAUAAAUAUUGCCUCAAGGCCAUGACCUUCGCUGUCUGUCCAUUGCCCGGUUGACUGUAAUGUUUCUCUUCCCCCGAACUUUGACCUGUAUAGUUCUAAUAAUCGGAAUUUAAUUUAAACAAUUAACACAAGUAUUAUUUACCUUGAUAUUUUUUUGAUUAAAAAAAAUAUUUUAUUAAAA